AUGAGUGGCAAUAGUCAUAUGAAAGAAGAGGACGUGGAGGUCCAGUCAACAACUUAUUCACUAGAUGAAUAUCUCCAACAUGAGAUUUCCCAGGAAGAAGAUCAUAAAAUCAAAUACCGAACAUGUUCUUGGCAGAAGACGGCAUUCCUAUUAUUCUCUGAAUAUAUCUGUCUAGCCAUUUUAAGUUUUCCUUGGUCAUUCAGUGUUCUAGGACUUAUUCCCGGUUUAAUAUUAACUGUCGGCAUUGCCCUCAUUGUUUUGUAUACUAGUUUGGUUCUUUUAGACUAUUGUUUGAAGCAUCCCGAUUUACGUGAUGUAUGUGAUAUUGGUCAACAUUUAUUUUGGAACAAAAAUUGGGCUUGGUAUUUCACUGCUGUCUGUUAUCUUCUUAACAACACCUUCAUUCAGGGUUUGCAUGUACUCACUGGCUCUAGAUAUCUCAAUGCUAUGAGUAGUCAUGCCAUAUGUACUGUGGGAUUUGGUGCAAUCAUGGGCGUCGUAUGUUUUUUCUUUUCCUUGCCAAGAACUUUUUCAGGUCUGUCUUCUUUAGCGUUGAUCUCAGCUGUUGCAACUUUUGUGUCAGUUGUGUUGGCUAUGAUCUUUUCUGGUAUUCAAGAUGUUCCUGCUGGCUUCGAUGGAACUCCUGUCAAGUGGAAUCUUUGGCCUGAACCCGGUACCAGUUAUGUUGAUGGAAUGAACGCCAUGCUUAAUAUCACUUAUACCUUGGUUGGUCAAAUUGUAUUACCCGCUUUGAUUUGGGAAAUGAAGGACCCCAGAGAGUUCAAAAAGGUGGUGUGGACUGUGACCAUGUGCGAAAUUGUUCUCUACUGCAUUGCUGGUUCUAUCAUUUAUGUUUAUGUGGGCGGUUAUUACAUUACAGCUCCAGCCUUCUUUUCGCUUGAUCCAUUGUAUCUGAAGAUUGCCUUUUCAUUUGUUGUCCCAACUCUUAUUUUCCUUGGUGUACUAUAUGCAUCUGUUUCCGCUAGGUUUAUCUUCCUACGAAUCUUCCCUAAGAACUCGCCCCAUAUUCAUGAACAUACAGUUCUGGGGUGGUCUGUCUGGGCUGGAAUCUUGGCUGCCACUUGGAUUGCUGCUUUUAUUAUUGCUGAAUUGAUUCCUUUUUUCAGUUCUCUUUUGUCCUUGAUGUCGUCGCUUUUUGACUGUUGGUUUGGAUUUAUUUUUUGGGGCGUUGCCUAUUUACGUGUUCAAAGUGAGGAGUACGGACCUGGUUGGUGGAAACACCAGACACUUUGGGGAUAUGUUAAACUUGGAUUUAAUAUUUUCCUGAUUGUUGCCGGCUUCUAUAUUCUGGGCCCUGGAACCUAUGCGACUGCUGAAGCUAUUGUACAAUCGUACCAAGCUGGUGGAAUGCCGGGGCCAUUUACUUGUAAGAAUAAUGCCUAA